GCAUUGUUGCAAAGUCCGGUGACAAGGGUCACAAAUACGAAAGAUGACCGAAAUGGAACACAACGAGUGGUGGGCAGUUCGUGGAAGCGCUGAGCCAGUGAUUACUGUGCUCUCCUACUGCUGUUCCACUAGUACCAUCAUAUCAUGAUGCGAGAAAUGAAGCAUUGUUCACCGGCCACACCUUGAAACAUUCCACGGUGUCAUACGAAACAUUACUUCUUCAGUUCGAUAAUCAACCAGACCCUGGAUGUAUGACCAUCACAUCUUGAUCUCGCCGGAGACUUUACUACAUGACGAUCAACGGUACCUUUUCUUUCAACUUGCAAAUACCCUCCUCUGACGCUUUACGUAGCUAUCAGAAGACAUCCAGCAUGGUCUGUAGUAGUGAUGACUGUGUCCUGUUGAUGUCCCACAUCCAACGGGUGGAUUGAUCUUCUGAAUGAUAUCUUUGCCAGUUCUUGGUCAUAGGCUCGGACUUGUCUCGACUAUUUGAGGAGCUCAGCUCAGGGUACGAGUAUCCUUUUAUCAUUAAGGUUCUUAAUCUAUUGCUCUUAUAACUUCCAUAGUUUUCUGGCCGAAUUUCCUUGCAAUAUUCAUCAUUUCCUCAAUUCCAUAAGUUGUAUUUCACACAAUGACUUCACCAGUCUAUGUCUAUGUCUUUACCGCGGUCGUGAUAGCCUUCUGGGCGUGGAGAUUUCUUUCUCGCCUUCGUCCUUCAGAUGCUUCCCUAGAGGUAGCACCCCUUGUCCAACCUUAUAUUCCAUGGCCCAUUACCGUCUGCCGGUUUUUAUGGGAUAUACAAGGAUUCAUGCGAAGAUGCGAAAUGUGUUACGGACCCGUCUUUCGCUUUCGGUUGGCUGGCACAACGGUUGUCGUUGUAUCUCAUGCUGAAGGAAUAUCUCAUAUCCUCCGCGACUCUCAAAAAUGUCUUUCGAAUGCUCUUAACCAGAGCAUCUUAGACACUGUUGGAGGUGUUUCUCCACAGCCAGACAUUGCCGCACAUUCAGUACUACUAGGACGGUUAAUCUCGCUUCUGAAGAAAACCUUUGCUACCCGAAACUCGAACCUUUUUGCGGCACCCUUUAAACAAAGUCUUAUUCAUACACUGGAGUCGUUUCCUUGUCAAGGCGACGUUAAUCGGGUCUCGCUUGCUAUCUUUGUAGGGCAGUGCCUGUACGAUUCCCUGUGCAUGUCAUUUGCGGGUCCGACGUUCCCCACCGAUACAUUCGCCGAAUUCUCUUCCAUUGAUCAAUAUUCGGUUCGAUUCCUCAUGCCGUUCUGGACGCCUCCAGCCAAGAUUUUUCAGGCUCGACGAUCGUUGAAGUCUAAACUUGGCGUGUUCAUCGAACGAGCAGCUGAGUGCCCCGAUGCGAAGGAUGGAUGUGCAUUUAGCGGGAUUGAGAUCGCGAAGAUGCUCCGAGCACAGCCUAAUUUAUCGCCGUCAGAUGAGCAGGGAAUUUUCUUAGGUCUCAUGCUCGCCAUGCAUGCCAAUACCAUCCGGAUGGUGAUAUGGUUCAUGAGCUACCUGCUUAGCGACGUAGACGCCAUGAACCGAUUGCGUGAGGAGAUUGAUCACGCAGUCGAUGUCGACUUCGGUUCACUGGAAAGUCUAUUGUCUGCGCCUCCUCACCGUCUGGACGGGGAGGCCUUUCCUCUUCUUAAUUCUGGCGUCAAAGAAGUUCUCCGACUUUGCGUGGCAGCUGUUACCGUACGAGAAGUGACGAAAUCUUCCAUCUUGCAACUGGGAGGCAAUCACUUCACUUUCGUACAGAACGGUGACUAUGUCAUUGCGGACGGAUAUGGAAUCAAUGCCAACGACCGGUAUUUCGAGCAGGCCAAUACAUUUCGUCUCGAUCGCUUCGUUUUGGCGAAGAGAGGCGAUCUAGCGAGUGAAUAUCUGGAACCACUCUCAUCCUUUGGUGGUGGCGCACACAUGUGUAAGGGCCGUGACUUCGCUCUAUACGAGAUGAGGCUUUUCGUGAUCAUUUGUCUUCGACUGUUCAAACUUGAAGGGGAGACCUCAAAGGGCGAGAGUACGAUAGGUCGCACGCCUGAAGCUGUGAGUCUCUGGCCCACCCCGGUAUUUUUCCCAAAGGAAACCUUUGUGCGAAUCCUCAGACGCGAUGUCCUGGAAUAGAAGAUAGGAUCACUACCCGGCAUCCAUACUCCUGACUGUUCAAUGAAGGCUUAUGAUGGAAACACCGAUGGGCCAAGGAUGACAACCUAGUAAUCCAAUGUACAUUAUUCCUCACGUCCCUCGCAAUACUAUUUCUAGCUACAUGAGGAUAGAACUAUCUCCACCCUGUUGAAUUUAAGUGGUGUGAAGUCUGAAGCUUAUGCCUCCAGUCAUGAUGUAGCUAUUUUCUACUCCCUA